UCGCCGACUGACGUCUUCAAAUGUCACAAUUACGUCCAAUGUCAACCAUCCCAAGUGAAAUGUUCAUUCACCGUGUGUUCUAAUAUCAGUUCGUAACAAUCAGCUAUUAUAUAAUUAGUGCACGCCGCGUGAAUCAGUUGCAAUAAAAAUCAGUUCAAUUGAAUGAUGUGCGUCCGUCUGUGCACACCUCUCCCACCGUUACACUCACUCUCUUAAUAACUCGCGAAUUACAUCUGCAAUAACAUAUAAUGACGAUAUGUUAAACGAAUAAGCAUGUCAUCUAGUGCGAAAAUGGUCUACAACAUUGACUGGAUUAUCCCAAAUCUGCGGAACCCCACGAAACUGUGGAGUCUGGCUAGCACGAUAACGGUGGCUGCUGUGGGGCUCUUCAGCAAGAUUUUCAUCCAGUGGUUCAACAAAACGAAGAUUCACAACAGGCAUGUUAUCUCUUCCGUGUUGGAUAACAGGCCGCGAAAUGUGCCCCUCAUCACUGUCUCUAACCACCACUCAUGCUUUGACGACCCGGGCAUUUGGGGUACCCUAAAGUGGCGCCACCUAAUGAACCCCAAAGUGAUGCGUUGGUCUCUCGCCGCUCACGAUAUCUGCUUCACCUGUUCCCAACACUCGUAUUUCUUCAGUUUGGGCAAAUGCAUUCCGGUGAUACGUGGCGCCGGCGUUUAUCAAGACGCUGUCGAUUUCUGCAUCGAGCAAUUGGCGAAGGGUUCAUGGGUUCACGUUUUUCCCGAAGGCAAGGUGAACAUGACUAAGGAAAACAUGAGACUGAAAUGGGGCGUGGGGCGGAUGAUUUUCGAGUCGCCGGUGACACCGAUCGUCGUACCCAUCUGGCAUAUGGGUAUGGACGACGUCUUGCCCAACGAACCCCCGUACGUCCUGCGGCUGGGCAAGAAUUUGACGUUUAAUUAUGGGAAUCCCAUAGACUUGACGGAGAUGGUGCGCAAGUUGAAAGAGACGAACGCGACGGACGUGGAGGCGAGGAAGCAAAUAACCGACUUUUUGCAAGAGCAGUUGCUAAAGCUUAAGAUUGAAACCGAAGAGUUGCAUAAGCGGGAUUUUAAAGUGAAUUUAUGAUGUUUUAGGGAUUAGUUAGGUUGCGAUUUAUUUUAUUUAUUGAGUAUUGAGUAAAGAACAGCAAUAUUUGGAUGCUAGUCACGUGUUUUGCCUGGACUUUACAGUAUAAGGCGAGGUAUUAAUUUUUUGCAUUAUUUUGUGUCGAUUCUCAUUUAUUUAAAGAUCAAAUCUUUACAUCACGAAUAUUUAAUGCCAAAAUGGUCACAGAGGGCGCAUUAUUUGAUUGUGAUAUUUCUUGCGGGGGAUUCUUAAAGUUUGUAGGAUUCAACUAACACUAGAUUUAGGUUUUUUGCAAUUGGGGACUUGCAUAAAAUGAAUCGUAGAUGAUUUGAAAUUUUGUUCCCAAAUGGCCUAUAGUCUCUCUAGUUACAGUUAAGUUGCAUGUUUUAUAACAUAUGCCCUGAGACAGGUCAGCAUUUGCAUGUAAUUCCGUUAUUAUAGCGCUUGCGCCAUUUUAACACGUAAUUAUGUCCUUAUACGGCUUGGGUGUCUCCAGGUGUUUUUUGCACUGUAUACAAGUUCCCAAUUACGAAAUGUAACAUAAAAACGUAGCUUGUAGCGUGUAGGAACUUGUAAAAAAUGUCUCCCCUGUUUUAAAGUAGGUUUAGUUAUUUCCCAUUUUUAUAAUAAAUCUGCGACGGAUCAAAUGAUUUUUGUAUGUAAUUAGUUACGGAAAUAAAAGCGAUUGACGCGAUUUUUUAGCAUUAUUGUGAUUGUCUGUUGUUUUUCGAUUAGGUUUGUUAAUUUGUUGCGGUUAUUUUGUUGUUUAGGUGAGGUUUUAGGUGUUAUUUUUAUGAUGCACUUCCAUUCCGAAAUCGCCGUUUUCCUGAAUAACAGUCAGUCUGUUUGCUCCUUGUUAGAUAAUUUUAGAAACUCUGUACCUAAAUAUUUUAUUGUUUAGAUUGUUGUGCUUCUAUUUUUUAAAUAAAUUCGAUUUAAUCAAA